AGCAGCGCUCCUGCGUGACUUCAAAAUGAAAGCAAAACGUGCAAAACAAUAUCGCAAGCUCAUGCAGCAGUAUGCAUUUUCCUUUGGGAUACGUGAGCCCUACCAAGUGCUCCUUGACGCCGCUAUUAUCCAAGAUGCGGACCGCUUUGCAAUGGAUCUUGUGAAGGGCCUUGAGCGCACGUUAUGCGGCAAAGUCAAACCCAUGAUCACGCAAUGCUGUAUGCGACACCUUUACAAUUCCACGCCGAAGAACGAGGCCCUCAUAGAACAAGCGAAAACCUUUGAAAGGCGGAGGUGCAAUCACCAUUUGCUCGAAGAGCCGUUGAGCACACUGAAGUGUCUUUCAUCCGUGGUGGAUCCGAAAGAACAAAAUGUCAACAAACAUCACUACGUGAUUGCUAGUCAAGACGAGGAUGUGCGCGCAAAGAUGAGAAGCAUACCCGGAGUACCGCAAAUCUACAUCAAAAGAAGCAUCAUGAUUCUAGAGCCCAUGGCUGGUGCAUCAGAGGAUGUCAGAUCUCGUAGCGAGAGGAGCAAGUUCAAAUUAGGCAUUUCGAGAAUGAGCGGGAGAGGCAGCGUACUUGGCAAACGAAGCAGGGAAAGCGACGAGGAUGGCAUAGAGAACAGAGGCAGCAAUGGCGAAGUAUCGACUGGUAUGGACUCUCACAGCGAACCUGAAAGAAAGAAGAAAAGAAGAGGCCCCAAAGGGCCAAACCCUUUAAGUGUGAAGAAACCGAAAGUUCGAGAGCCACGCGAGAAGGCAAGCGGCAACAAAUUACAACCAAGUCGGAAUUCAACGCAACCUGUCGAAGGCGAUGGUGUCAAGAAGAAGCGGAAACGGAAACAUAAGGAAAAAUCGACUGCAGCUGGUGCAGAAGCUGUUAUCGAUGACGCGAACAACUCCGAUGGUUGAGCUGUAGCUCUGCUUAUUUUCAAUGUCGGAACUCUAUACAAUGACCAAGUCCUGGUCUUAUGUGGCUCAUUUAUAGACUCUACCCAUAUCAGGAAGAAUAACCUCCAAAUGCGGUGAGGUGCAGGCUACUUGAAGGCAUCGUGACUUUGCUGCCCAUUUUCAGGAGAGUGAUGCUUGUUGCACAACUCCCGCACGAGAUAAUCAUACCUUCUUGCCCUGAGCAAGCAAAUCCGACACUUUUGGAGGAAGUACCAGAGCGCUCUGGUCGUUGCGUUUGAAGAACUCGGCGAUGACCUCCGCCGUGCGAUCAGGAAGAUCUUCUUGAAUGAAAUGGCCAGCAGCAGGAAACACCUGUAGCUGAAAUUUACCUAGACGUAUUUUAGUCAUGUGCCUCACAUGUUGAUGUAAAACCACAGCGAAC